AUGCCUUGCACCGCAAAGCUUGAACUGCUGGAUGCUCUCGCCGAGGCGGGGGCAAACCCGGUCAAGAGCUGCCUGCAGGCGCAAUGGCUCAUGGAGCAGGCAGCGAUAAAAUCUGGAGCUAUGGGGCCGGUGGAUAGACGACAACAGGGGCCGUAUGGCACCAGCAGCCAGUCGGUGGUUGGCGAUAAAACGCCUCAGGGUGCUACUGCAGCCGAAAAUAAAAGCGGUCCAGCCACACCAGCACCACCCCACGGCGCUGGCGAUGGCCAGAGAAAUAAGAUCUAUACCACUCUGGUAGGCGGCGGUGUGGCGGAGGCAAGUAACAGUGGCGGAGACGGGCUUGGCGCCACAAUAGUGGCUGGAGCUGGGUUAGGGACAGCAGGGACAGCGGUGGCGACAUCAGCAGAUGGCAGCCCCCCCGCAAACAGUGGCGAAAGCCUUGAGCAGAUUUACCAGUCAACGCGGACGUGGUGCCGCACUCUCCGGAGGUGUCCCAACGCGAUGGAGGUGCUCAUUUCUUUCGCGAGCAAGAAUCCACGACCUCCGAGCGGGAUAUUGUUCAAUCAGUAUCUCAGUGAUCUCACCGGCAUCAUGUACCGCCGGCUUAGCACCACGGUGGAGGAGGAGACUGCGAAUAAGAACCUGUUGCACGACUUGACGGAGUGCGAAAAGCUGGCCGAAGACGAGCGAGACGCGCUACACCAGACGCUGCACGCAACCCGGACAGAAAAAGAGCGGGAGGUGAGCGCGUUAGGGGCGACGAUAAAGAAGCGUCGGGAGGAGCUCCAGGAGGUGACGCAUACUAACGCCGUGGAGAUGGAUUCCAUCAAGACGAAGGCGGCCGACGCCGUGGCAAAAGCGAAGGAAGAUCAUGAGAAAAAGGGUCGAGCGCUGACCGAGCGCAUCGAGCGUCUGGCGAAGGAGACGGGUGAGGCAGCGGAGCUGCACCAGCAGGAAGAGACGGCGUCUCGCAAAAAGAAGGCAAAGGUCGAGGUGGAACUAACCGCGACGGUAGGGAAGUACGACCGAGAUAUGACCGCGAAGACAGCCCAGAUAGAGGAGAUAAAGGCCAAGAUGGAGGAAGAGCGCCAAGAGCUAGCGAAUUUACAGGACCACUUCGACCGAGUCGACGCCAGCAGGCGACAGCAGUGGGCGGAGGAAGAGACUCUGGCCGUGGUCAGGGGGAAGGUGGCAAGGGCGAUGGCCAUCGUGGAUGGAGCGGCCAAGAAGAUUCAGGCGAUGUUUCGAGGGGGAAGGGCCCGCGCGGAGUACCAGAAGGCCAAGAAGAAGGCCAAGAAAGGGGGAAAGAAGGGCAAAAAGGGAAAAAAAUAGCGAGAAAAUAUUGUUGCGCGGGUCAAUAAUCGACGGCAAGAAAACUCCCACCGAGACUUAAUGCGUUUCUGAUACGCCCCAAACACAAUCUGCUGGAUCGCUUCGCUGGGUCCUAUGGACAACCCGUGAUUCCUCAACUACGAACAUCUACUUUUCGUGUUAUUUCAAUCCCGCAAAUUAAGGCAACAGGGGCCGAAUGUUCUAACAUACACCGCCCAACUGGACAUUCCGCAACAGCAACAGCGACGCCACGAAACUCACUUUUGAUAUCCCAGGCAUUGGUUCAGAACAUAUCAUCAGCAAGAACACACAUAAGGCUGGAAAGGGCUUCCUACGUUGCCGUUUUCUGGUGGGACUGAUCACCCAAGGCUGACUACGGGUGGGACUGCUGUCCAAGCACAACUUCUUUGUGUCUCAGCUUUGUGGAUGUGCUUAAAUUGCAAUAGGUCUACAUGGUACGCUAUUAGGCACAGUC